AUGGCGGAGGCUUCCACGGCGGCGGGGGCGGGGCGUGCUGGGAGGAGCAGGGCGCUCUUCCUCCAGGACGAGGAGCAGUUUCUCUUUGACUUCGGCGGCUACUCUGCGGCGCCGGCGUCGGGGCGGGACCCCACCAGCCCUGCCUCAUGCGCCUCCGCCCGCCCCCACGCGGAGGAGGACGACGGGGCGGCCGACCUGCGCGGGCGCGGCAGCGUCGUGGUGGCGCCGCUGGAUGCGGCGGAGGUGCGGCACGGCUUCCACGCCGCCCUGCGCGCCGGCGGUGACGUUUUUCUGAAGUCCUCGCUGGACGAGGCGGUUGCAAAGUUUCAGUUGGGGCUGCAGCGGUACGGCGAGGCGUUGGGUCGCCAGGCACGGCAGGAGAGGCAACGCGCGACGGCAACGCGAAAAAGUCACGCCGGCGGCAGUAACAAUAAUGAUAAUAACUCAAUUAAUGUGACGAACACUAGCAACAUUGCGGAAAGCAGGAAGCGAACGCGGCAGUGA